GGUUUGUACUUGGGCUAGCUUCUUCAGCCUUGCAUCAUAAGUAGUAGUAUGGAGUCUACACUACCAUCCUGUCUUAACACGUACUAGCUUUCUUGAUCGAAUACUCCCGAUUUUAAUCUGAUAAGCAUCGAUACGUCCCAAACUGCUUCCUUAACCUACCGUCUUUGGGCGGAUAUUCUAGCUUACAUCAACGAUGCAAGCCUCAUCAUCAACUUGGAAUUGGGGAGACAUCCCCUCAGCUCCUCCAUCUUCCGAAAACGCCGACGUGCACGAGAGCACAAAUGCCCAAUCUUCCUCCACCAAUCCGAAUGAGAGCGACAAUACUAGGCAACGUACAACGUCUUCCGAGACAAACGCAGAAGGUGAACCGAAGCAUAGUCGGAAAUGCCGGAUAUGUCUGGAGUGGGUGCCUCCCACUUACGAAGAUACUGGGGUGUUAGACGGAAUGCGUGGGCGACGCCCGAGGAGACAGUACAUUUCCGAAGAUGGAGAUCGACUAAUCAGCCCGUGUUUAUGCAAGGGCUCGAUCAAAUACAUGCACGAAGGAUGUUUGAAGCUCUGGAUGAACGAGAACCCUUCGAAGGGAUACAAGUGUGACAUUUGCAAAUACCAAUACCGAAUGGAGCGGCUAUCCUGGGCCCAGCGACUCCGAAGCCCCGUCAUCUCUCUCAUGAUGACGCUGACGAUUCUUUUCGUCACCAUCUUCCUACUUGGCUUUGUCGCUGACCCUAUCCUUGGUCUUUGGCUUGACCCAGUCGGGACUAUCACAGACUCCGUCAUUCCUGGUGCUAGAUUUGCAGAUGAAGAUAUUCUGGACAUUGGCGAAGCUGAUGGCUGGUUUGAACAUUUGCUCAAAGGUGUUUUCUCACUAGGUCUUCUAGGCUUUGUCAAAGCCUUUCUUGCCAUGAGUCCAUGGCAGUGGUGGAAUUUGCGCACGAGCGGCAUUGUGAGCGGAGGCGCCCGCCGAGCAGGAACAGGACGUCAACGUAUGGAAAACAUCAACUUAACGCUGGUUCUUAUCGGCGUCUUAACCUUUCUAUAUACCGUCUGGAAAGCGACCAGGAAAUAUACGCAGCGAACGCUUGAUAGGGCUAGCCAGAAGAUCCUGAAUGUCCAGGCUGAAGAAGAUAGUGAUGAUGAAGAUGAUGAAUGAGUCGUUUGUUUUGCCCCCCUGAUCCAUAUUCCCCAUGUAUACUAUAUUCGUCCACUUGCACACUCUUAAGUUGCCUAGAAGCUGCUCUUCCAUGCCUUGUCAACUAGUCUGUGUGCAAAGAGUGACACCCUGAAUUGAGCUGCGAAGUGUAAGCGUCUUGCAUAUAC